AUGCCAGAUGAUGAUUUCAUUCAAGACAUUAAACAGGACGUGAGGACCCUAACAGUUAAUUCGAAAGAAUUCAAGAUUGAUUCUGAUAAUAGUCUCUCACAGAUUCCACCAAUGGAGUUGUUCAAUAAGCUUUCCCUGCGGUUAGAUAUUGAAACCAAUGAAGUAUCUCAGCCAAAGAAGCAAGUGUUGAAUAAGGGUUCGGAGAAGAUUCAGGAGAAUGUCCCUGGUUCUUUCCAACCUGAAUUCUGGACACUUGGGUAUCAGCUGAAAUCUUACGAAUAUAGCCUGUCCUUUCUUUGUAGAGCAUCAGAGGCUGUUGAAUAUUCUGGCAAUGUGAAGCUUCUUCAGUACUCAGGUCCCUUUACACUGAAAUGUAUUCUUGUCUAUCUUUGGAGGAAAUUUCUCAAGACACUAUUCUACAAGAUGCAGAAGCAAAACAGGCCCCUUAGUAAUGUCAAAUAG